AUGUCAGCCCACCGGAACGGCGCGAUGAACGGUGUCAAUGGCACAACGAGUGCGCCAGUCAGCAAACGGUUCUCUGACAUCCCGGCUGCCAUCGACGUUCCUGUUCAGGGCGAAGCCGAAGAUGAGGCCGUCGAAAUCGAUCUCCUCGAGCUAUUCGACGACCCGACCGAACUCUGCACCCUUUUCGAAAAUGAGCGCGCCGCUCGUACCUACUGGAUGACCGUUUCGCUGGCCUACGCCAAGCAGAAGAAGAUCGACCAUGCCAUCGAAAUGCUGGUUCGUGGUGGAAACGCGAUGCGCGACAACGGCCCUAAGGAGAAGCUUAGCAUGAUCUCUUGCCUCUGCUGGAUGUACUUGUGGAAGAGUCGCGAGGCGCCGCGCCUGCCCCCCGAUGGCGAGCUAGCCUCCGAGGCAAAGACGAAAGAAUACUACCUGCAGCUGGCGACUUCGACACUCAACGAUGCAUCGCGCAUCAACCCCGCGUUCCCUCCUCUGUUCCUCGCUCGUGGUGUUCUCCAGUUGCUCAAGGCAUCGCUGCAGACGCCGAAGACGGCUGGGCACGGCCAAGUUGAUUCCGAGAGGGCAGACCUUCUGCGAUCGGCACUGAAGGCUUUCGAAGACGCGAUUCGAGUUUCCGGAGGCAAGAAUAUGUUGGCGAUGAUGGGAAAAGCGCGCACUUUCUUCUCGCUUGGGAAAUAUCCCGAGUCUUUGGCAUGCUACCAAGAUGUUCUGCAGAAGAUGCCGGACUUUGUCGACCCCGAUCCGAGAAUCGGCAUUGGAUGCUGCUUCUGGCAGCUUGGCUUCAAGGAUGACGCGAAGCUAGCGUGGGAGCGAUCUCUCGAGAUCAACCCCGAUCACAAGGUCGGCAACAUCCUUCUCGGUCUCUACUACCUCGACGCCAGUAGCCAUAUUCCCACCAACAGUCCCGAGUUUCUUCGUCUCUACAAGAAGGCCAUGACCGAAUACACACAAAAGUCCUUCAAGCUCGACAAGAACAUGCCCCUCACAUGCGCCACCUUCGCUGGUUACUUCCUGUCCCGCAAACAGCUGCCUACAGUCGACUCUCUCGCGCACAAGGCGAUUCAAUACACGGAUGUCAACGCCAUUGCUAGCGACGGCUGGUACCUGCUGGCACGAAAGGAACACUACACGGGCGACCCGGACCGCGCAAGUGACUUCUAUCGCCGGGCAGACGACGCUCGCGGAGGUUCUGAGCGUGGAUACUUGCCGGCCAAGUUUGGUGCUGCUCAGCUUGCCGUGUUGAGAGGCGAUCUGGGCGAGGCAAAGUUGCGUUUGGAGAAGAUAAUUCAGCAGUCCAAGAGUCACGAGGCCAUGGUAUUGCUGGGAACUCUGUACGCCGAAGAGGUCUUUGCCAACCAGGACGCCGAUGGGAAGGAAGACAAAUCGGCUGAGAUGAAGAAAGCAAUUGGUCUGCUUGAAGGAGUUCGCGGUGCCUGGAAGGAUUCCAAGAAGAGCAUGUCUCCCGAUGCCGCGGUUCUGCUCAAUCUCGCUCGCCUUUAUGAAACCGAGUACCCGGACAAGGCUCAGCAGUGUCUUCUCCAAGUCGAGCAACUUGAGCUCGAGCAGGUUCCCGAGGAGGAGCAACCGAAGGAUAUCGAAGAUGAAGCUGAGAAGCGCGCUGCUCUGCGCAAGUUCUUGCCGCCACAACUUCUCAACAACAUCGGUUGCUUCUACUCCCAGUCGGAGAGGCAUGAGCAAGCAAGUGAGAUGUUUGAGGCUGCCCUGGGCGCUUGUAUGAAGAUCGGCGAGAAGGAUUCAGAGAUUGACACUGAUGCUCUCGUCACUACGAUCAGCUUCAACCUCGGCCGCAGCUACGAGUCUCGUGGUCUUCUCGAUGAGGCCAUUGAGGUCUACGACGGCUUACUCAAGCGCCAUGAUGAUUACACCGACGCUCGCACACGACUGGCAUAUAUUAAGCUCAGGAAAAACCCUAACAAGGAAGGCCCGGAUGCCGUCGCGAAGCUGUACCAAGAGAACCCGCAAGACCUCGAGGUUCGCGCUCUGUACGGCUGGUACAUGGGUAAAGUCCACUCGCGCAAGCGGCCACACAACAUCAACGAGGACCACGAGUUCCGCCAUUACAAGCACACUCUGCAGAACUAUGAUAAGCACGACCGAUACGCUCUGGUCGGCAUGGGUAACCUGUAUCUGAUCCAGGCGCGAGAGAUGCGCCGCGAGUCGGACAGUGACAGAGCCAAGCGGAGCGCAACGUACAGCAAGGCGGUUGAGUUCUUCGAGAAGGCCCUCUCUCUGGAUCCCAGAAACGCCUACGCAGCACAAGGUAUUGCCAUUGCAUUGGUGGAGGACAAGAAGGACUACAAGACGGCUCUUGGCAUUGUCGUCAAGAUCAGGGACACCAUCAAGGAUGCUCAUGUCUACGUCAACUUGGGCCACAUCUACGCUGAGCUGAGGCAAUGGACCAAGGCCAUCGAAAACUACGAGAUGGCCCUGUCGAAGGAGGGCAAGUCCAACGACCCCGUCAUUCUUGCUUGCCUAGGCCGCACUUGGCUCAAUAAGGGCCGUUCCGAGCGCGAUCUGGAUGCUUACCGACAGUCCCUCGAGUAUGCCAAGAAGGCUCUUGAAGCUGCUCCGGAUCAAGUCCACUACAAGUUCAACGUUGCGUUUGUGCAGAUCCAGAUGGCGACAAUGGUUUAUGCGUUGAGUGAGAACCAGCGCACGGUAGCGCAACUUCAGGACGCCGCAGCCGGGCUCGAGGCUGCCAUCUCAGCACUGGACGAGAUUGCUGGCCACCCCCAGACCCCCUACCCCAAGCAUGACGUCGAACAGCGUGCCAACAUGGCUCGCAACACGCAACGCAAACAACUCGAGAGAGCCAUCGCCAGCCAGAAGGAGUACGAGGAGAAGAACAAGGAGAAGCUACAAGCCGCACUGGAACAACGCCAAGCGGAGCUUCGCCGGCGCGAAGAGGAGCGCCAGAAGGCUCUGGAGAAGGAGCGGGAAAAGCAAGAGAAGAUCAAGAGGGAAAGAGAGGAGAUUGCUGCAAGGGACAGAGAGAUUGCCGAGCGCCGCGUCGAAGAGGACAAGGCUCGCCAGGAGGCUGAGAUGACCACAGACGAGGAAACGGGCGAGAAGGUGAAGCGGAAGAAGAAGCCGGCGCCGAGAGGCGAUGGCGAAAGUCGUCCAAAGAGGGGGUCUCGCAAGAAGAGGGCGGAAACUGAUGGCGACGAAUCGGGAGAGGAACGUCCCACGAAAAAGAAGCGCCGUCUCACAAAGAAGGAAUCCGUCAACAACACCAAGUACAAGUCCGCCGAAAUCGUCGUGGACAGCGACGACGACGACGACGACGAUGAGGAUCCCCUCGAGCGCGCAGAAAGGGCUCUUGAGAAGGCUAGCUCCCCGUUAUCCGACGCUGGAGACAAGAAUGGCGACGAGGAUGACCGGAUGGAUGUGGACAACAAGAACGACGAUGAAGACGACGAUGAGGAUGCUGGUGUCAGCAGGCGGCAGCAGGCUUCACGGUCGAGAAGAGGCAGAGUCAUUGACAGUGACGAGGAAGACGAAGAUGAGGGUCCGACCAAGAACGGUGCCGACGCCCACUCUGACGACGAGGCGCGUCCAGCAGCAGACACCAGCAUGGCAGACGACGACGACGAGUAG